GGUUUAUCUUAUAUACCCGUCUGUGGUUCCGUUCAUCUGGCACCACCCGACGAUAGCUGCAAGUACUAAAUGAUAACCGGUUCUCGACCGAGUUUUUCGUAACCUAUAGGAGCAGAAGACUAAGAUUAAGGGAAAGCAUUGGCACUUUUGUGUGAGUCGACAAGGGAAAAAGUCGAAAUUCCGAGAUGGACGAUGACAAUGAUCAGGAACAUCUAAUUGAGGACGAUUACUACACGUUCCUAAAUAUCGCGAGAAACGCUACACAGGAGGAAAUUAAUUAUGCGUACCGUACACAGAGCAAACUAUAUCAUCCUGACAAGCAUGUGGAUCCUGUGCUCAAGAAAGAAGCUGAAGUAUUGUUUAAUCGUACUAAAGCAGCUUACAAAGUCUUAAGUAAUCCCCAUCAAAGAGCUAUUUACGACACUGUGGGGAUUAAAGGACUGAAAACUGAAGGCUGGGAAAUAGUAGAACGUACUAGAACACCUCAAGAAAUCAGGGAAGAAUAUGAAUAUCUAGCGAGAGAAGCACAAGAGAGAAAAUUACUGAGCCUCACGAAUCCCACUACUAGUAUCACAAUGAAUAUCAACGCAACAGACCUUUUUAACAGAUAUGAGAAAGAUCCUGAAGAUAGGGAUGUACUUUCAUGCAUAGAAGUCAGUGGAAUGUCGUUUACACAAUCUAUUGAAGCACCUCUUAGUUUACAAGAUAUUGUAACAUUGUAUGGUCAAUUAAGCACAAGAAAUGGUGUAGGAUCUGGUUCUAUAAACGUGUCAGCGAAGCGUUUGCUUUCGUCUAAAGGUUGGGUAGAAUUAGAGGUCGGUGCUGGGAACGGGCCGAUGAUAUCGUUCAAAGGUUUUCGUAUGCUACCCCAUAAAGUAUUGUUCAACGGGGCAACGAUACUGGAGUUCACUCCAUUCGAAAUUAAGGCUAGUCUUAUAGGCAGACUCACAAUGCAAUUAGAUACUCAUAUAAUGGGUGACCUUACAUAUAAUGCGGGUCCAGAAAGUUCCAUGAGUACCAGUAUCGUUAGAGAUACAGCGAGGACUUAUACAUCGUUUUCCAUUCACCUUGGUGUUCUACGAUCAUUCGUUAGUUUUAAUUACAUAUAUAAAAUGCACGAGAAAGAGAUGAAGCUACGUGGCAGCGUGAGAGCUGGCACAUUCGGACUGCUCGUAGAAUACGGAGCGGAAAAAAAGGUUUCGCGACACACUAAAUUAUCCGCCAUCGUGUCCGCAGGAGUGCCAACAGGAGUCAUGCUAAAGCUUAAAUUGAAUCGUUCCUUUCAAACCUACGCGUUCCCUAUUCAUCUUAGUGAUGAGGUUCUUCCAGCUACUAUGUUCUACGCUACUGUAAUCCCACUAAUGACAUGGGUCGUGCUGAAGAAGAUUGUUAUAGAUCCUAUGAUAAAAAAACGACAAGAACGUGAAAAAGAAAAAGAGAAGGAGGUAAACAAGACGAGGAUGAUGGAAAAACAAAAAGAAGCAGAGAGCGCUACCAAAUUAAUGAAAGCCACUGUGAGUAGGAUAAGAGCUACGGAAGAAUCAAAGAAGGGAUUGAUUAUCACGAAAGCUCUGUAUGGAAGAUUUGUCUACCCUCAGCAAGAUCAGUACAACUCAGAGCAGCAGACUAUACGUAGAGACGAAGUAAUAGAUGUAACUAUCCCUUUACAAUGUUUAGUAAAGGAUUCAAAGUUAAUCCUUCAUGGUGCAUCUAAGAGUGAACUGCCAGGAUUUUAUGAUCCAUGUGUAGGAGAAGAGAAACAAUUGUUAAUACAAUAUCUAUUUCGUAAUCAAACACACGAAUGCAUAGUCAAAGAUAAUGCACCAGUCAGAAUACCAUUACCAUCGCAUAAAGUGAACACAACAUGACGUAUGCGCCAUCAUAAGAAAUCGAAGUAAAAUCGCCGUGAUUCAUGGUGAUAGUCUGUGCUGCUUCAUUGAGUUCUUUUGACCGUUUUUAGAUUAAACUUCCACAGAUACCUUGAAGAAAUUGAGUGUUCAUCGAUCAUUCAUACUACUUUAUACGAUAAUUUUGUCCUCAAAGUAAUCAUUUGUAUGAUGUGUAAAGAAAACAAUGAAAGAAUCAGAUUAUUAUUUUCACAGUUACUGUAAGAAAGAAAAAAAUUGUGUUAGAUACGACGACUGAUUUAUUCUCGUGUAUAAGAUCAAGGAGGGGAAAACUUAGUAUGCCUUUAUAUGACUAUAAUAGAGAUAUUUUUCACACUAAAGAAAGUAUUAUUCGAAGAAUCGACUAUUAAUAGAAUUGUAUCUUUGCUUCGUAAUUCGUUAAUAUAUGAAAUAUUUCCUUCAUUAAACGCAGAAUGUGUAUAAUAUAUACAUCAUCUUUUAGAAAUUGUAUUCUCUCAUACAUUUAAUUUCUCGAAAAUAGUAGUACUCUACGAAUUAGUAUGAAAAGUGUAAUUGAUAAAUUAUGUAAAAUGAUAAUGUAGAUCGCACAUGCAUAGUUCCUCCCCAUAUAUUUAAUCUAAGGAAGUAAUAAAUAUGAUUUAAAUUUUAGUUGGAAACACA